AUGAGACCGCCCGUCCCGGACGUCACCUUGCGUAGGUCCCGCAAGGCCUCCAUCGAACAGCAGUGGAUCGAUCCCCACAAUACUAACCCAGCGACAUACUUCCUGGCCCGCAGUCGUAAUCAAGAUGUGGAGGGGGAGCCCUCUCCCGAUGAAUCGGUUCCUUCAAGGGAUAGUAUGUAUGGUGUACAAAGCCUCGAAGAAACUAUCCAAGAUGCCAAUCUCGCCGCAUCCGAGUGCGGACCUCUCCUUUCGAGCGACCCUACGACUCCGAUCAGACAACCACAACUUCCCCGCGACCACCUGAGCAGCAGUGAUACCGGUGCUACCUCGUUACCCCGCCGCAAGUCUACUCUCAAACCAAGCGACUUGCUCAAUUCUAGCAGACUAGAGAUAUCUCUGCCUUCCUCCAAUCGCACUUCUCCCCGGCCGUUGACGCCCUCGAACCUGAGCAACUCAGAUGACGCACCUUCGUCUCUUCCCAGCAGCCCCAAGUCAUUCUCCAACCAGUCUCUGAGACAUCUCGACGAUAUCUCGAUUACCGAUGAUGUUAGUAGCCAGGCUGUCGUCUCUGGGGAGGAGGACAAUGAAUUCCCAACACCGUCCAGCUUGGGUCCUAAUAGCACAUCUCAGUUGGUUAUGCCAAGCAUCAGAAUGCCCAGUCGAAGACCCUUUACAGACCGGGGGAGGUCCCUGGGCCGUCUGAAAGUGCUUAUCGCGGGUGCUUCCGAUACUGGAAAAACUUCCCUCAUCAAAUCGAUUGUCCAAGCCUGCGAAGAUAUUGUCCAUGUCGACCCCUUUCCUUCACUACCCGCCUCGAAAUCGUCUCACUCUUUAUCCCAACCUUCCCAGACAUGCAGGAUUCCUCCAGUUCUCAAGGAAAUCUACGCCAGCACCAAGCCAUAUCCCGCCUGGUGGUCUGACCUAGAAGAUUCACGUGUUUUACGAAGAAGGAAAAGCGUCGGUGAUGUAGUACUUGAGCGCAAUAUUUGUUUUGUAGACACUCAAGCCAAUUUGCUGGACCCUGCAGCGCAGACUGACAGUAUUGUACAAUAUAUCCAUCAGCAACUCCUCCGAGCAAUGACGUCCCUUAAUUCGUUCGACCAUGAUUUCCAAAAUAUGCUUGCGGGAAAUGGUGGUACCCAAGUGGAUGCUGUCCUAUACCUUAUCUCCGAGGAUACUCUCACGAAUGAUAUGGAGUCUAUCCGAAAGCUCUGCGACUGGACAAACGUUAUUCCCGUCAUUUCCAAAUCAGAUCUUUUGACGCCUAUUCGAGUUGCAGCCCUCAAAUCCGCGUUCCAUAAGCAAGCCCAAGAGGCCAACAUCAAGCCUUUCCUUUUCGGGGAUGCAGCCCUGGGCGAGAUCAGCGGGCUUAAUUCUCAAUGCCCUUUCGCCGUCUCAUCGGCCAAGUCCGAUGAUGACGACGUUAUGGAUGCUAGUACCUUGAUGAGCCCCGAUUACCUCCAACCUUUGAUAGCGUCCGAACUAACGUUCUUGGUCCAAACGUUAUUUGAUCGGGAAAACAUCGCCUGGAUACGACAUUCUGCCGCUAAGAAGCUUGCCCUACAGCAACAAGAGGGACGAUACUCGCAGCAGGCUGUUCUUCAACAUGGCGCUCUUCCAAGUAUCCACACUUUACAGGGUAGCUCCCGCAGUUACACUAUGGCUCGAGUAUCCGAUUAUACCCGGCAUGAAGAAAGACUUGCUCGGGUUCAGCUAGCAAAGUGGGCGUCUGACCUACAGAAAAGUUUACAGAAUGAACGAGAAAGAUACGCCGCCAUGGCAAGGGGGGAGCGUGCUGUGUGGCUUACGGAGCGACUGGGGGAGUGUGUCGUGGAUGGUUCGUUGGUACCUAUCGCACAGACUCCCGGCUUCUGCGGUCUCCGAGUGCCCAUGGACAAAGCGGGUGGGGGUCUUCUAGUUCGAACACAAUCUGGGCAGCAGAUAGAAUAUCGUGUCGCACGGAUAAGCCCCCAUGAUCCAUUGGGUCUGGUUUGGUGGUCCGAGGAUCUCAAGCGACGGGGAUGGACCGUUAUUCAAAUCGUGGGUAGUUUUGGGGUCGUUGGAGGGCUGGCCCUCUGGUUUGCGAAGGCUUGGGGUUUAUCCUCACGGAGUUUCUCUGAGUGGCGAUUCGAUUGGUAUUGCACUGGCCAGUAG